UUCCAUGAUGGGGGUUUGACAUCUGCUCUCCAGAGCUGCAUUUAAACAGGGUAAGAAGCAGCUGCCCUGAUUCGGAACUUCCCAGUGCAGCUCCUCCUUCGGUUUUUCCUGAGGCACGGAACAUAUUUGCAAACACAAAACUGUGGUUCUGCCCCUCCUCGUUUAAAAACACACAACCUAAUUAUGACUCUCGACGGCUUCCGUAGCCGGGUUGCUUGCUACACUUUUUCCCCCUAGUGACGUCAGAACACGGGUAGCUUCGGCCGAAGGAAGCCUCGCUAUUGGUCCGUCUGCGGUCAGUUCUCGCGAGAGCUGAGGAGACGGGGCGAGAUUUCUCGUCAGCGACAACUAAGAUGGCGGCUCCUGUGAGGAACGUCGUCGUCGAGGAAGUUCCCGGGUUCGAGGAGGGAGAGGCGGCUCGAUGUGGGGCCACGGAGCGGACGUUGGCGGAAGAGGCAGCGAAGGCGGCCGAGGAGACGCCCGUCGCCGCCGCAGCAUCGCUUCAAGCGAGCGGAGAGGCCUCGUCUUCAGCCCAAGGCAGAUCCGGGGAGGCGGCUGUUGCCCUCAGCAGGCUCCUCCCGCCCAAGCAGUUGGAAGCCCUCUGUGUUCAAGUACAGCCUGAGAAGACAAAAAAGGAGGACAAGUCAGCCCUAAGUCCUGCAGUGGUUCAUCCAGAAAAUGUAACCAUACCUCAGCCAGUUGAAGAGAAUUCCAGUAUUUUAGGCCUCAGUGUUAACCCUCAAAUUAUUCAUAUGCGCCCUGUUAUGGGAACUGAGUCACAGCCAUUUUUCUUACAUAAUUCUUCUGAACCAACAGUUCAGUUGCUCUUGCAUAGUUCUUUACACCCCCUUGGGCAAAUAUCUGUAGGUAAGAUAGCUACACUGGGACAGAAAAACAAGCCAGCUGCAAUAGCUCCUGCGGAUUCUCCAAAUAAUGCUCUGAUUUCAGAAAACUCAUUUAUAAGCCAUGAGAAGAAAUCUUUGAAGGUGAAGACUCGUUCUGGGAGGAUUUCACGCCCUCCCAAAUAUAAAGCUAUGGAUUAUAAAUUCAUUAAAACUGAAGCUUUGGCUGACUAUUACCAGUCGGAUUCCGAUGACUAUUUUGAGUUGAAUUUAGAAGAUGAUGAAGGUGGCAUGGAAGAGGAAACAUGUUCAUUAUUUGAGUUUGACUUGAGGCCAAAAUUGUUUAAAUGUCAAAGUUGUGAAAAAUCUUAUAUAGGACAAGGAGGAUUGGCACGGCACUAUAAACUUAAUCCAGAUCAUGGACAACAAGAAUCACAAUCUUCCCUUAUAAAUAGACCUCACAGAAAUACAUCACCGGAAUACACUGGAAAGAGUAGCAGUGAAAAUACCCAGCAUUCUUUUUCACCACCACCAAUUACUGUUGGUUUAGUAAAUGAAAAUGGAAUAGACAUAGAAUUGGAAAAAGGUCUUCUAAAAGAGAGUGAGGGACAGCCUGACACAUCUACAGAAGAUAGAAAGUCUGCAGAACAACUAAGCAGCCAUCUGUUACACUCUAGUUGUGGAAGAGCCAGACGACGAAGGCACAGCCAAUCAAAGCAGACAGAAAGAACAAGGUAUUCUGGAAGAUCUAGCAGAUCUGGUCAAUUCACUUCCAAGUGUCAUAAUAAUAUGUCUUCAAAGCACCACAGUAUAUUUAGAAGGAAAGCUAGGCUGAAUGAGCUGACUCAGCAGUGUGCUAAUGAAGAUUUGAUGGAGCUGGCUGUUCUACGCCUUACAAAAGUUACUGUAUUUGAAUUUUUACUGAUGAAGGUAGAACAAAAACAAAAGUAUCAGAAAAAAGCACUCUUUCUAGAUGUGUAUCAGGAGUUCGAAGAGCUGCAUGCUGUGGUAAAGAAGAUGUGUGAAGACUAUAUUGCGAAUUCUGAAUUAAAUGAGCCCGUGGAAGUAAGAAAUCCAAAGGUGGCUGAAUCACUAGGAAUUACAGACAGUUUUCUUGUAUUGCAAAAGACUGAAGCAAACUGUUCUUCUGAGUGCAUUAAAACUACUGAUGACCAUGUAUUUACCAAAACUGUAGGACAGAAACAUGCAGCUGAGAGUUCAGAUGAAAUAUUGCCAUUAGCAAAAAAGAGCAGAGUGCAACAUCUACUAGAGAAUAUGAAUAGUGAUUAUUCAAACCAUAAUGGAAUAAAAGAAGGAAGUUCUACAUAUAAAGGGAGCUGUGCAGCAAGUGUUCAGUCUGGAAGUGCAUUAUGGGAAGAGGAACAUGAAUCACCUGAAGAAGAAAUUGCAAAUGAUCAAGCUAACUUGGAUUUAUAUGAUCAGAACACACAAGUGAGGUUUCAGAGCAUGCUGCCUUUGAGGAAAUCAGAACUGGAAUAUUCAGGCUGCUUAUCUUCAUGGGGUGAAUUGACUGCAACUGACAGUGCAGUCAGUUCAGAUGAAAAGCUCAUGCAAGCAGGCUCACAGGAAUUGAUGUGAUGCUGAAUUCUCGAAUUUCUUAGCAUCUGAAAGAUAGUCAGAAUUCUACCUCGUCAGUACAUGAAGGAAACUAUUGGAAUGAAAAAGUAGAAAGGGCUUCAGGCAAAAGGAAAUUUUACUGACAAAUUCUGAACAUCCUAAAUGAUCUGAUUGCUUAAACAGUUUUAAACACUAUAGAAACAGAUCAUUUGGGUCUCAGGCAGAGAGCAUUUCCUGUUUAAGUUUUUAAAAGCUCUUUGACAAUCCUGUGAAGUUACUGAAUAAACAUGUGGGACAUAAUACUGGAGAAUACAGUAGCAGAAAAUUAUAGCAUUAGAUGAUGGAUGAGAGGGAGGAAUUGUUUAGUUUAUUGGCGCUGUUCAUUGGUUCAGAUCUAAAGCAGUCUAGUUACUAAUCUGCUAAUACUCGUGUUCAAGCAGUUUUAUUGGAAAAUGUCUAGUAAUGUACAGUCAUGAUAAAGGCAAAGAACCUGCUGGGAAUGAAAUUAUAAGAUUUGUAAAUGCAUUCUGUAACCAACGUCUUAAAAUGUGUAUUUUUUCUCAUUAAAUAUUAAUGUUAGGA